CCUUUCCUGCCUGCCUCAUUCUUCCUCUGUACCAUUGGGUAAGAAAUGAGUCUCCUAAGGAGACCUUACGCUUACUCAAAGAUGGAGAUGGAAGACCCAGAGGAGAAAGCUCAUCGGCGGGCACAGUUCUUGAUCUACAAGGUAAUGGAACGAGCGGAGGAUUCGCAAUCCCGGAGGCGGCGGCGGCCAUCGGUUCUGAGGAUGAGAAUAUGUAAAUUGAAGGUCAAGAUUGGCAAGAGAUUGAAGACAAUGAGGAAGACUAUGUUCCUCAGUAUCUCUAAAGCUAGAAUUAGCUUGUACAAGAAAAUAAUGGCUCAGUUGAAGAUUCUAAAUCGUUUGCUUCGUGGGGGAGAGGCCAUGGUCAGUCUUCCUCCUCCUCUGUGCAAUUGAGUUUCUUUUUGUUCUUCUCUGUUUCUUCUCUCAUGGGUCUCUUUUCCUCCCCU